AUGCCGAACGACUUCUCCAAUAAUUCCAUGCAUUCGCAUACUUCUUCCCGCUCAGCAGCGCAAGCAACAAUCGAGCGCACGCGCACAGACACGGUUUCGUCUGCAGUCCGAAUUAGCUUGUUCAACACUCCGGAUCUCAACCUGCAUACACCACUCAUACUUGCUGCACGCUGUCGCGGUGCGCGUAGCCUCAAUCACCACAACCUGCUCGACCUCAAUUCACACCUGCUCGCAAUUCAACUUGCAGGGACCGAGCAACGACCAAAACAUGGUGACGAAGGCUACGUCGAACGGCCUGAGAAUGCGUUUAUCCUUUUCCAACACAAAUCCUACUCGCAGAAGAAUGAGGCAGAGGCAGCUGGUGGUGUAGGGAUGUGCUCUGCGAAUUUCGUAAUUAAUGAGGCCUUCUUGACGGUUUCUCUUCCUGAAUUCUCCGGCCCCGUCGACUCUGUUGGUAAGUAUUAUGACUUUCAAAAUUCGUACUGGACUCUUUCGGUUCAGAUUCUCUCGGUUUACUUUCGCAAGAAGACACACGCCUCCGUCGAUGCCGAUGAGGACGUGCAAACAUCAAGUGUCAGAAUACUAUGGGACUGCUUUACCUCGGACUUAUGGAGUAGAGGAGAAUUACUUCCUGAAGAGAUUCAGUGGUCGAUUAUGCAGCGGUUGGAACUGACAAGUAUGCAUAUUUUGGCUGCAUUUAAAAGACUGCCGGGAGUUUGCGUGAAAGUUGAGAAGCGCCCAUUCGCUGGCACCGGGAAUAUCUCGUGA